GAUAUUGAAUGAUGCACCGCGUGUCCAAAGAGCCCCACUCAUUUAUCGCAUCACCCGGCCCGCUAUGGUUUCUACGCCACUCUCGGCUUCGUAUUUCUUUCUGUUUUUUCCCGUGAUUUGGUUGGGCAGCUGAACGGGAUCUCGGAGAAGGUGUUGGUGUUGCACGGCCGCGAAGUCUCGAUAGGCGAUCUCUCGGCGGAGAUCGUGGUGGCCAACAUGAUAGCCGGGCCGAUGCGGCGCCAGAUGGCGGUCCUGGUGCUGGCCGUCAAAGAGGGAGGCCUCUUGUGCCUCUCGGGGCUGCGGCCUUCGGACGCGCCCCUCAUCCGGAGUGAGUUUGGCAAGUACAUGGACUGGGACGUUGACCUCGAGGCAAGCCGGGAAAGCCGAAAGUGGGGCGAGUACGUUCGGCUCGUGGGGCGGCCCAAGCCUGGGCUCGCGUUGGGCGGGGGCCUGCGCGCCGAGCUCGAGAGAUCACUUUCUGAGGCUGCCGUGGCCUGAGGGCAUGAUGAUAUUGUUGACGACGCCCGAUAGAAUGCAGGCAAUGGCCUCGCUGCUGCUGCUGCCUGGUGAAACGCUCGGUGCGUUGGCGAAGGCCGGUGUGCCCGGAGGCAGGGUCGCGAACCUUGUCAUCGUAACUAACUGUGCAGAGCUCUUGAGAAUCCAGCUGUGGCGAAGGAGAGAAAAACAAACCGAGAAAUACUCCUUGUGUGUAGGUAGCAUGACUUGGUUUUGUUGUAUGCAAGUAGCACCCCCAAGUGACUCUACUGUAUUCGUAUGAUAGCGUUGCUGAGGCUGCAGUAAUCCCGUCAACUCGACGGGGCGAGCCGUAAGAAUGCGUGCCAUGUCUUCGUUUGGUCUCGCGAGGGCACCGCCAAGAGAGAACGAACGGCCUGGGAUUUGCGAGAAAUCGGUCUGAUGAAAUUCCUUGCAAGGAUUUCUGCCAAAAAAAAUAGAAG